GCUGAGAAUAAUUUUCAAUCCUUCAAACACCAAAAGUAUUAUUCUUCUCACUUCAAUCAAUGGCCACCCUCUCCGCUUGCGCUUCACCACCUUGGCCAAACCCUAACCCUACGCCCAAUUCAAAUCCAAACCCUGAUUUUCUUCCCGACCAAUCCCAAACACUCGAUUUCGAUUCCCUUAUGCCUCCCCAACCUCAAUCCCCACUCAAUCACUCCCCCACUGCCUCGCCGGAAUCUUCCCCCCCUCCGCUGCCGCUGCCAUCGCUCCUUCAUCUCUCCUUCAACCAAGACCAUGCUUGCUUCGCCGCUGCCACUGACAACGGCUUCCGCAUCUACAACUGUGACCCGUUCCGGGAGCUCUUCCGCCGCGAGUUCGACGGCGGGGGAAUCGGCCACGUGGAGAUGCUCUUCCGGUGCAACAUAUUGGCACUCGUCGGCGGCGGGUCCCACCCUCAGUACCCUCCCAACAAGGUCAUGAUCUGGGACGAUCACCAGGGCAGGUGCAUUGGGGAGUUAUCGUUUCGCGCUGCCGUUCGCGGCGUUCGGCUCCGGCGAGACCGAAUAAUCGUGGUGGUGGAGCAGAAGAUAUUCGUGUACAACUUCGCUGACCUUAAGCUCUUGCACCAAAUUGAGACCGUUGCGAACCCUAAGGGGCUCUGCGUGGUUUCGCAAUUGUCAGAUUCUCUUGUCCUAGCGUGCCCUGGUUUGCAUAAGGGUCAGAUUCGCAUUGAGCACUAUGCGCAGAAGAAGACCAAGUUCAUCUCGGCGCAUGAUUCCAGAAUUGCAUGUUUCGCACUCACUCUUGAUGGGCAGUUAAUCGCCACUGCCAGCACCAAGGGUACGCUGAUUCGGGUUUUCGAUACGGAUCAUGGCACGCUACUUCAGGAAGUGAGAAGAGGUGCAAAUGCAGCAGAGAUAUAUAGUUUGGCAUUCUCUUCUACUGCUCAGUGGUUAGCAGUUUCAAGUGACAAGGGUACUGUCCAUGUUUUCAGCCUUAAGGUUAAUUCUUGUGUCCCUGAGCAUGAAAAGUCACAAAGUUCAUCCAAUUCUGAUGCUGCCAUUACCCCAUCUAACUCGUCCCGCUCCUUCAUUAAAUUUAAAGGAGUGUUGCCCAAAUAUUUCAAUUCUGAGUGGUCAGUUGCUCAGUUUCACUUACAAGAAGGUUCUCAUUACACAGUUGCAUUUGGUCUCCAAAAGAAUACAGUCAUAAUUCUUGGCAUGGAUGGAAGCUUUUAUCGAUGCCAAUUUGAUCCAGGGCAUGGAGGGGAGAUGACUCAACUGGAAUAUCAUAACUUUCUAAAGCCAGAAACAGUCUUGUGAGACGCCAAGAAAUGAAAUCCUGUAGCGGUUGGCGUUUCAGCAUGUAGUUAGGGUUGUUCUAAAGCGAUGUGCAUCGCGUAGAAGUAAAUAUAUGGAAAAUGAAGUGACACUGACCCCAUUGUUACUGACUGAGGGUCGACCUCGUUGCUUCCAUUGUAAUAUUGUAAUUAUAUAGUUUACAAAUUUUUUAGUGAUAAAUAUCGAAAGCUAUGGUAAAACUUGCAAU